CUCGCCACUCGCGCCCGACACUCCCUUCAGCGCGUCACCCGUUUAUUCAUUCUGCGCAGGUACGGGGGAGGUCGCACGCGCGCCGUCGCUGCUCCUCCAGCACGCGUCUCUCCCGCGCGCUCCUUCGUCACGCGGCGCCUCACAUCAAAGGUCUCACCGCAGAGAAGUCGCGGCGACGGAGAGCGCAGGAUCCGCAGCGGUCUCCGCGGUCGACGUUUUACUUUUUUCUUCUCUUUUAAAUUUUUGCUUUUUUUUUUUUUUUUUUUUUUUUCCGGAUGCGCUGCAACAAAGGAGGGAAUAAAACGGUUACACAACAGCGCGGUGCUGGAAUAACACGGUGCGCCCGCGCAACGCGGUGAACGCGGGCUCGGUCUGGAUGGAGACACCUGGAGCGGUGGCAGAAGGAGAGCAGCCGCAGUCUUAGCGCAGCUCCGCACGGCCAUUAUAUAAGCAAUUCGUCGGGGUGCGCGUGUGAACUGAGAGUGUGAGAGCGUGUGUGCGUGUGUGUGCGCGCGCGCGCGAGAGCGUGCCUGUCCGUCCUCAUCCCACCAGCGUACUCCUCAUGCCAUGGCUCUCGCGUUCUCGUCCUGAACUCGCUCCGCGCCCGGGGGCUUCAUGCCUUUGGCAGCCGGUGGAGACUCGUUCGCUCUGAGCUGCUCCUCUGCUUCGCACCGCUCCCAGCCGCUUUUGUGACAAACAAACAAACAAACGAAAAAAAGAGAAAAAAGAGCGACGGAGAAACUGGGGGAAUAAUUUAAAUAAUAAUGGCCACCCUCCUUCGGAAAAUAGGUCUCAUCCGUCUUCACGACCGAGACACGGAGGACCCGAAGCAUCACCAGGGCUCGCUGAAGGGCACCCGCGGGAACCCGAAGAACGCCGGCGGCACGAAGCACUGCGGCAGCGGCGACGCCAGCAUCCUGGGCACCCCCGAGAGCAAAGCCAAGACUCGGGCCGAGCAGUCCGGCAAGGACAAGCCGUCGGCCAGGGACAAGCAGGGCAAGGAGGCCAAGGAGAAGCCGCAGAGCGGCGGCGGCGGCGGCGGCGGCGGCGGCGGCGGCGGAGGAGGAGGCGGCGGCGGAGGAGGCGGCGGAAAGGCGAGCGGCGCGUCGCUCGCGCCCGUGGCGCCGCCGCACCGGCAGCACUGCACGCAGGUGCGCACGCGGCGCCUCAUGAAGGAGCUGCAGGAGAUCCGGCGCCUCGGCGACAACUUCAUCACGGUGGAGCUGGCCGACGACAACCUCUACGACUGGAACGUGAAGCUGCACCAGGUGGACAAGGACUCGGCGCUGUGGCAGGACAUGAAGGAGACCAACACCGAGUACAUCCUGCUCAACGUGACCUUCCCCGACAACUUCCCCUUCUCGCCGCCCUUCAUGCGCGUGCUCACGCCGCGCCUCGAGAACGGCUACGUGCUGGACGGAGGGGCCAUCUGCAUGGAGCUGCUGACGCCGCGCGGGUGGUCGAGCGCGUACACCGUGGAGGCGGUCAUGCGCCAGUUCGCGGCCAGUCUCGUGAAAGGGCAGGGCCGAAUCUGUCGGAAAGCAGGGAAGUCCAAGAAGGCCUUCAGCCGCAAGGAAGCCGAAGCUACCUUUAAGAGCCUGGUGAAGACCCAUGAGAAAUACGGCUGGGUUUCCCCACCCGUGUCCGACGGCUGAGGGGCGGGGGGCGAACCCAUGACCCUCCCCUGCCAAACUUUUUUGAGGAAACAAACCACACGAAAAGCUACCAUCUCGUCCUCAAUGGUGCACAUCUUCCAUCCUUUGUUCUUUUGAGUACUUUCAUCUAAAUGCCAUGGAGAACGCGGCUGACAUUUAACUUAUUCAUGAGCAGAUGUGUUUACAGCUAAAUAUUGCCUUUAGUGAAUUGUGUUUUAAAAACUGGAUCCGGCUCCACUGCGGAAGUGAUAUAGCCUUGCCGAUGCCGAGAUGUUGCGUCUCGCCCGCCGCCCUUCCUCCCGCCUCCCUUCACCUUCCACCUGACCCACUUCAUCAUCGGUCGUGUGCGCGCUCGCCUCCUUCCACCCUCGUACGGACGAUGCACGGCCCCGAAUGACAUCAGACUUUCCAUCCACUGCUGCUCCUCUCAUUUACAUGCAAAUGAGUCCGUUAAUAUUUAAUAGAUGGGCAGUACUUUUGAGGUUCACUUUUUUGCUGUGCUGUUUUUCACAGUUCAAUGCAACUUGAAGAUUGUAAUUUAUGUGGAGCUGUGCUCUCUCUCUCUCGUUUUUUCUCUUUUCUCUCCUUUCUCUCUUGCUCUGACUCUCUCUCUCUCUCUCUCAGCUAAAUUUAGACAUCACUGUGUUAUGUAGAGAUGGUCAUUGAUUUACAAUGGGGAAAAUGUUGCUUACGCUAAGGUCCUAUAGCAAUUAAAAGUACACAGAAAAAAAAUAUGGCAACGAGGUACACCUUUUAAAUGACAUCAUCGUUAUAUUUUCGAGCAGGAAAUAUCAGGCAAGAGUGAGAUUUAGAUACCAGAUGGCAAAGGGUGGUCGCAGAGCGGUGCGCUGAACAGGAUUCAAGAUGUACCCGUCUCUGUCGAUUGAUACACACUUAUUGAAAGAGGCCCCAUUCCUGAAUAAAAUGAAACUGAGCAUUAAUGUUUGUGUUCAUCAUAGGUAAACUACUCUGUAGUAAAUGGCCCCUGUAGAACGGCAGAUGUACUGUGACACGUGGGUUUCGGUCGGCUCGCUUGGGCUGCUGCACAAAACGUUUGGUGACCCUGCAGGAGAAACGGAGCCCGUGCUGGUCGUGCGCUGCCGUGUCUCUCGUUUUUGACCGGUGUUGCAUCGCGUUGCGUUAAUUCCUCCGUUCAUUCGCGUGAUCUCCGUUGAUCUGCGGCAACGGAGCGCUGCUCCCUGACCGGACGAGCGCGCAGCAGAGCUGAAGCUUGUACUCUCGCUUCCUUGGAGGAGGGACACGGUCAGACACGGUCACGUCAAAGGAAAUGUGGUCAAAUCCCAUGAGCCGUUGCUUUCCUAGGCAGAAUGAAGUGGCCGGUCAGACCAGCGGUACGUGUCACCAAAAAAAUCGUUGCCUUUUAGCAUUUUCUCUUUCGCUUCGAUUCCCUGUUUUUUUUUAUUGCUGUAGGGUUUACAGAAAUCAAAUCAAAACUCCUCCUUUGCAUGUAUAUAUCCAUGCUGGGUUUUGUACGAAAACAAAUAACACGGAAGGACACUUAGACUGGGGUAGAGUGCGGUGAUCCAGGGACCUGUUGCGAUGGCGAAGAGGUGUUUGCCUUCUGUUCGGCUCACCGCUUCACACCGAUUCCACAGCAGAAGACAAAAUUUCGACCGCAUAAUCACGCAUAUGGUAACGCGUGACAAAGAAGCGGUCAAAUCGGUAGCGGCAAACCUCGCGCGAACCCAACACGGAUCGGGGAAAUGUAUGCAAAGUCAAGCUUUUUUCCUGCGCAAACAUUAGCUGUAGAGGCACGGGAGUGGAUUGUUGACGAUAAUAGCCCUGCUCUGAAUUUCGAGAGCGCGCCAGCCCCACUUACGCGCACGAGGCAUCCGCGCUUUACCCGCAGCCCUUUUAUUAAAUCCGCGACGCACCGUUUUACUUUCGCUCCUGAGAAAGGGCGGAAUCAAACUCGCAAACUCAUUAAACCGGCGCGAAUCACCAGGCCUCCCGCCUCUCGCCCGCAGCGGCACGUGGAAGCGGCGCGCGACGUGCGAACAAAGGAGCUGAAUUGUUAGCGAUGCGGCUCCGUGGUCUCAGAUCACAGCUCCUCGACGCCUCUCCCGUCUCACGCUCCCUAUUGUUCCUCCGCGGCUUUGAUGAUCCAAUCCGCUCGUGUUUCCAGAUAAGCAGAUGCCGUUAGGAGAGUGCGGCGGGGCCUCGACUCUCCGUUUGCCCCAAAUGUGGAGGGAACUAGAACUGCAGAGCAGAAAGCACUCGGCGCAGGGAAACAUUUUGGCGUUUCUCACCUUUGAACGUCAAACGCGAGCUGCUGGUUGGUUUGGCGUUUGAGGAGAAGGCGCUCUUGGCAUCCGUACCCCAUCGGUACCCGGGACCGGCUUUGUCGCAGGUGCCAUCGAAGCGAAGUCGGCGACUGAGCCGGGUUUCCAAAUUAAAAAAGAUUAAUACACCGGACAAUAGAUGUUCACCCUGCAAUGGUGAAAAACACCUUUUUUGACAUGCGGCCUACAGCUCUUAUCCACCCUUCCCCCAACUAUGCCUAAGGCCACAGGGAAAAAAGACGCUUUUCUCUAUUGUUCUUCGCAUGGAAGUAUUGCAAAAGGCUAAAUGACAAAAUUUAGACCUUUGAGGUUCCUUGAAGCUCCAACAGCUAUGGACUCGUACGAUUGGUUGCGUGGACACAUCUGGUAUCUAAAUACAGUAAAGUGCCACGACUCUUCACGGUUCUGUUCUGGCGGGAACCCAGAAGCGGUUCUGUGCACUAACAAGGACCUUAGCAAGGAGCUGCUUCAACGUGAUGGAACGAAGCGAGCGAGUUUGUCCGAGAAUUGGGUGUUCGCUGGUUUAGGAGCAUACCUUUGUGGUAGACCUUAGAAGGAUAGUUUGCCGAAACGAACUGAAUUAAUUGUCCAAAACAAGUGUGAUGAUUCUGCUAUCUUAUAGCUGCAUGUGAUCAGUGAUUGUUAGCUAGUUAUCUUGUUUUUCCAAAAAGGAGAAAAAAAAAAAAAAAAAAAAAACAACAAAAAAUAGAAAAAACUCUUUGCUUCUUUUUUUUUUUUUUUUGUCCUUUAUUUUACGUCUCAAAAUGUCACAUUGUGUUAUAUGAAUGUCUGUGUUUUAAUUUAUUUGUAGUUUGCCAAAAUGAAUUCUGAAUUAAGCAUGUUGCAGGUAUUGUUGUAUAAAAACGCAAUGAUAUGUACCUGAAUCCAGAGGAGUUUGCCAUGUGGGUGAUUUCAGAGCCUUGCGGUUACAAGAAAUUAGCCAGAGUAAAGUGUGUAAAAGGCCUCCCACCAUCACAGGCUAUUGGCAAAGCAAAAACCAAACAGGAAUGUGCAAUAAAGGCCUAGGCUUAUUCAACCCUGGA